AUGUCGUCACCAAACGCCGUGCCUGAAACUCGAGUGAUAUCUCCUUCUCCCACUCCUUCGGAAAGGUCGGACUCGCGAGAAGGAUACUUUGGGCCCACGACUCGUUCUGCCGCGCGACGACGCCUGGCAGACGUAUCGGAGGAAGGUCAGGACGGUACAGAAACGGAUUCGAUACGCUCGCGAUCGAGAUCGAACAACUCGACAGCUACUCCGUCAGCGCGCCAACGGAAAUCGAAUCCUAUGAUGCCUGCGAAAAAGCCUGAGCCGCUUACCAACGGGUAUCUCGCACCGGAAUCCCCUACGGAACAGGGCAGCGUCUCUCGAUCACCAUCCCCCUUGGGCCUCAUUCCUCUCCACAGUCGUUAUCGCUCUUUUAUCCACCGCCAUGAGAUUCCACGCAAGGUUCUCCAUGUAUCUAUCGGAUUCGUCACCCUUGAGUUGUACAAUCGUGGAAUCCAACCUCUGCAGAUCACACCAUGGCUGUUUUCGGCCUUGGUGCCGAUCGCCGCAACAGAUGUGAUUCGUCAUCGCUCAGAGACAGUAAAUAAGUUCUACACUCGCUGUCUCGGCGCGCUCAUGCGUGAAACCGAAGUGUCUGGAUACAAUGGCGUUAUUUGGUACCUAUUGGGCGCAUACACCGUCCUGCGCUUCCUGCCCAAGGACGUUGGAGUCAUGAGUGUCCUGCUGCUCAGUUGGUGCGACACAGCCGCUUCUACCUUUGGCCGUCUUUAUGGCAGACACACCUUCCAGCUCCGAAAAGGAAAAAGCUUCGCUGGAACUCUGGCUGCCUGGUUUGUCGGCGUCUUGACUGCCGCCGCAUUCUGGGGAUACUUCGUGCCCCAUGUCGGGACCUUCCCCAACGACCCUGAAGGGUCUUUCAUGUUCACCGGUCGUCUCAAUCUUCUCCCCGACUGUGUCAAGGGUCUCCUUGGGUGGACCGCGGAGACCUCGAGCGCCGUCAUCACUGGCCCUGUGGCCCUUGGUGUUAUGAGCGUGGUUUCCGGCAUCGUCGCUGCCGGGAGUGAGUUUGUGGACCUUUUCAGCUGGGAUGACAACCUGACAAUCCCUGUUCUGAGUGGAUUUGGACUAUGGGGUUUCUUGAAGGUUUUUGGCUAA